CAGCAGUAUGAUUUAUACACUGGCAUCAAUCAAAUUAGUGUAAUGUGUAUGUUGUCCACAGUCCCAUUUCACUCAAAGUAUAUUUUUCUAGUUCUUAAAAAUGGACUGUGACUCUGUGACCCUUCGCUGUUGUGAUUUGGGUUGAGCAGUCUGAGAGCCACUGCUUUAAACUAACAAGCUCUCAGGACAGCUAUGAGUAAGAUCAUAAGUCAACAAUGGGACAAGACUGAGUUGACUCAACCGAAGUUUCCUUGUGGCUGUUAUAUUUUCUUGUCUUAAAGAAGGUGAUUACAAUAGAGGAGUGGCUGGAUUUGGUGGCAUGUCUCAGAGUAAGAAUGUUGCUCAUCUGGUAGAAGACACAGAACUGAUAAGGCCAGCAGACAAGUGAAAGAUGCUAAAGGACGUGUUUGCGUGUUUUUGAAGGGCUAAUAUGUCAGUCAAUUUUUCAAGACCUCCGUGGCAGGAUCACUUCUGAGAUUAUCAGCACUUUACUUUUUUUCUUGAACGGACUCUCUCGAAGAAACAUGGCUGUUUGGGUCAUCUUACCAAUUGUUCUGUGUGCCGUCUCAUUCAUCGGGUGUUGGACAGUAUACGGACUUGCAUUAAGUUAUAACCAUGUCUGCUCACUUACUAACUGGGAAUACAGAAACUCAUGUCACCCAAAUGAAACAGGGAUUUGCUGCACCAUGGAUAAUGUCCCCACCGUAAGCACAAGUGGAUCAAACUUUCCAGAAAACUCCCUUUUCACAGCAACAAUCAAUGCUGGUUCUUUUUUGUUUCUGAUUUUCUGUGUUUUUCAUCAUGCGCACAUCCUGGACAGGAACAGUGUUCAUUCUCUUCUCAGUAAGAUUGCAAUGAUUUUAGGCUGUGUGGUGUCUGUGAGCGCAUUCAUGGCAGGAAACUGCAAUCCAGCAGAGCUGAUGUUACUGCAUUACCUGGGUGCUGCUGUGAGCUUUGUGUUUGUGUGUCUGUACAUGACCAUCCUGACCUCCCUCACUAGUAAAUGUAUGCUGACGGGAUGUGAAAAUGUUCUCUAUCCACUACGCAUCAUCUCCUCAUUCAUCCAGAUUUCUGCCACCAUUCUCUAUGGCAUCUUCUUCAUCCAGGAGGAUUACUUCUACAAACACAUCUCUGCUGUGUUUGAAUGGUUUCUGUGUGUCAAUCUGGAGCUCUAUGAACUCAGCUACUUUGUGGAGUUCUACUUUUUCUCCUCAUCAAUGCUUUCAGUGCUUUUAGCAAAGAAAGAAGAAGAGAAAACACUCAUUAUGUCUUAAUGUAUAAAAUCCAUCCAGACUCUAUGGUAUUCAUAGUUUUCCUGUUAUGGAUUCACAAUAUAAGACAUUUUAAAUGCAACUUCAUUCAAACAGAAGAUCUACUCAGGAGACAUUUGGAAAAUUGUAAAGGGAUUGCACAUACUUUUGAAGUUGCAAUAUAAUGCACACACUUCCUCUUGAGAAUGCAAGCACUGAAAUUUACUUUGGAGCAGGAUACACAACAGGCACUUUUUACUACUAGUUUCUUCCUAAGCAUCUUUACUUUACAAAAUUCUGUAUCAUAUAACUACAAGAAUACCUUGCAAAUGCAAUAUUUGACUUUCUGUGAGCAAGAGUAACUUGGUUGGUGCAUGUUGCUCAAAAGAUUAAGUUUACCUCACACUUUUAAUCGAAUCAAGUGAUAAUGAUAAUGUGGAAAUCAAUAAAGUGUCACAAGGUGACAAGGUAAGAAUAACCCAUUUGUAGUCACAGGUUUUUCUCAAAUUCAAUUAUUUUUGCAUUAUACCUUAUUAAUAUGUCAGAACUUCAAUUCAGAGACUCUAUGGUCGAAUUAGGAGGACCAUAGCUAAGUGGUCCAGCCACAAAGAGCCGGUGUAUUUAGCCUCUGUAUCAUAGUUGCUAUUUAGUUUUAUAUAGAAGUACUCAGCAUUAUGAGUUUUCGAUGUUAAGAUGCACUUAUGACAAUUAAGUUUACAUGAAUUAAUUUGACUGCUGAAAUGUAGUUGUGUUUAAUGUUGUAAUGCUGCUUAAAAUAAUCUAGAGAUAAACCUCCUGUUGACAAAUACCUAUAAUUUAAAGAUUCCCUGAAAUCUGAAUGGUUUAACAGAAUAAUGGCCAGCUGGAUCUUACCAAACACACAUACACACACACACAGGUAUUAAUGCCAGGAGUAAUGUACAAUAAUUAAAUGUAAGUACUAACGUUUGAAACACCUGUUCUGUGUAAUUCUGACACACCCAUUGUGUUUAACUAAGAAAACCACUCUUGUAAGUAAUUCACUUGGGCGGGUGAAGCUCCAACUCUUAUCGUUGUUUUUCUGUUAAUGCUGUUAAACUGGUCAGGUUUAAUGGAGUAAUCAUCUAAAACGUAGUUCCCUUAUUGCCGUUUUUAUUAUUAAAUAAUGCAGUCUGUAAACUACUGGCCAUGUAGACUCAACAUUUUCACAACCAAAUAUGACAUUAACUUACAAUCUGCUUUAUGGUAACUUCCAGAGCAGGGAGAGGAGAUGCAGCACAGCUCAACAUUCAAAGUCAAGGUGGAGGAGUGAAUUUGUUUAGAAAGGUUAUGUACACAUACUGCUGCAGCUGAGGACUUUGCUCCUGUAGUAAAGAAUGAAGUAGAGUUCUGAAAGCAAUGAGUCCUAAAACCUGUUCGCAUUUUUGCACUGUUGAGCCAAAGUCUAUGUGUGUGGUAAACACAAGCUCAAGGUAUUUUCACUUUAUAUUUUACCACAUAAAACAUAUCAGGAAAACUCAUGUGAUUUAAUUUUUUGUAGGGGGUUGCUAAAACGGGGCUAAAUAAGACAAAAAAAGGGGUUGUUUCUUCACUCUGAACAAGAAAAAUUAUCCACUCAUUAGUUGGCUUUAACAUUCGUUGCAUUUACAUUUAUGAUUUAUGACAUUUACUUUUUUUUUUUAGAGAGAGAGAGCUUAGUGAUGGCCAUGUUAAUGUUGUGCAACCUUUUUACUCAUGGUGACUGUAUCUAGGCUUUAGAAUCUAUAGAAGCUGUGUUCAUUUGUGAAGAUUACCUUGAUAAUCAAAAUGUAUUUUUAUUAAAUAAAUUAACUUAUUUAAGAUUUGUCCACUUUUAUUGGCCUCAGAGUUUAUUUUCUGUAAUAAUCCAAAUCCUAGUGGCUUUUUAAUCGAGAGAACCUGCGUGAGGCAAGCUUAUGGUUUUGCCUACAAACACAUCAUACCUGCAGAACUCUAUUAGUUUACCUGAUUGGUUAAAUGUAUUUGUGCAGAUGACAACACAUUACACAUUUGUUUAAUUUCAAGAUAGGUUUGAGUCAAGAGAAUAAAUAUUCAGGAAGAAAUGCACAUGUUAAUGCAAAGCACAUAACUUUUACUUUGAAAUAAGGUCAUAUACAUCCUGGAAUCACAGAUAAUAAAGAUACAUUAUGAGCAAAAUAAAUUCACAAUGAACAUCCUUUCUUCUUUCUCUGAUCCAAAGAGUGGGGAAAACUAGAAGAUGUCUACAGUAUCAAUAAGGGGACAGGUGGUAGCAAACCUAAAAGCAAGUAUGUCCAGGCAUUCACUGAAUACACUGGAGGAAAAAGAAAAGUAGUACGGUAGUACAAAUAAACAAAAAAACGGCAAGCAGUAGUCAACAUUGCCAAGAACUUCAAAAAAAUAACUGCAAGAAAACAGGAGCUUGAUUUUCCCGGUGUUCCUCUCACUACAUAGUUCAAUUGUAAUGCAUAUCAUAAAUAGAUGAAGAGGAGAAGCACAACUGUUAGAUAAGUCUACAAGCAAGAUGCCACAAUUCCAGCAUAGCUGAAAGAAUAAAUGACCACUCCUCCAAAUUCCAAACUUGGAGCGCGACCGAAAGUAAUCCUUUACAAACCUUUAAGAUAAGUCAGUCUGCAGGAGCCUCUGCAAUCACUUCUCAUGCCAAACACCCUCCAAACAAAGCAUGCUAAAACAGUUCGGCCCUUUCAAUGUCCAUGUGGAUUAAGUUGUGGGUUUAUUUGUUCGUCUGAUGGUGAGAAAGAAAUGUUAAAGCAAAGAACGGCAUGUCUCUUAUCUAAGCCUUAGAAACUCUUCAGCUAGUUAAGUCUCGAUUAGUCCUUAAAACUCUCCCAAAUGACGAUAAUGAUAUCAGUAACAUCUAGCUCAACUCGUACAGCGUUAUCUGAUGCGGUCCUCUCUCAGGUCUAGACAAGUAGACGUCCCUGAUCCACACUGCAACGGUGCCGAUCAUUUCAGGCUGGAGAGCACUACAUUUACAUAUUUGACUUUUUUUUUUUUUUUUUUUUUUUUUUUA